AUGCAGAACUCGACGGAAGCACAGGUGCCAGCUGCUGGACAGUCCCAGAAGGAUGGAUACGAUCUACCGGCCUACGACGCCCUUACCCAGAUCCUCCCAGACUAUCAGCAUCUUCUUAGAAUGCCCAAAUCUCCUCAAUAUAGCAGAGAAGAACCAAGAGAACAAAAUAAACCCCAGAGGUCCUCAGAGCUCAACCAAACGUUUGAAAUCCGCACUCCACAUGACAGAUUUACGCUGCCUAAUGCUCGAGAUGAUGGCCCACAUGUUGCAGCGAUCACUGAACACCAAACCAAAGAGCUGGAAAACUACCGUAAUGCCAUGGGUAAGAUGACGGAGGACAUCCUUGCUCUGCGCUCUCAGGUGGCCAAUUUGGAGGAGGAGAACAGCCGUCUGCGUGCUGGGGUCUCCCUGCACCGCAACCUGCUCGAUGACACUGACAUUGAUGUCAUGACCAAGACGGAGAUCGCAGACAGAAUUGUUUCUCUAAAGUUCAUGCUGGCCGCUGAGAGCAGGAAGGUGAUGGAGCAGACGGAUAAGAUCCAGCAGCUUCAGAACGAGCUCAUCAGGAAAAAUGACAGUGAGAAGGAGCUGGUAGAGUUGCAGCGGGCACACCAGCAGCAGCAGGCUGAGCUGCAGCACUACCAGGGGCAUGCCAGGAAGCUGGCACGCCUGGAGGGUACCAUAUGCCAGCAGGAGAAGGUUAUUGAAAGGAUGGAGAAGGUGCUGGAGACAAAGCUCAGGGAGAGAAAUAAAGAAAUCUCACAGAGGAAGAAGAUAAAACAAAAAGAUAUAGAGGACAACAUGAGGAAAGAGAUUGAGUCUGUGCUGGCAGCAGAGAACUCUCGUCUCAGAAAGGAGCUGGAGAGACUCCGCUGUCAGCCAUCACCCGUUCCCACCCAGCAGCCUGCUCAGAUUCAGCAGCCCUUGGUAGACAGGGAGAGGAUGAACCUUUUGGCGCAGCUUGAGAGAACAGAGGCCUGUAUCCACACACUGAACAAACAGUUAGAGGAGAACGCCAGGCAAUGGGGCCGAGAAAAACAGGGGAUGUUGAUCAGACUUAGUGAAUAUGGCCAUGGAUUCACCCGCACCUCAUCAGAGAUCCUGCAUGACUUGCCUCAGAAAAGUGUGUCAGACUCCAUUGUGGGGCAUGUAAGACACAGGCACCUGAAACCCCUGAAGAGACUCAAUACUACAUCACAGUAACUUAAAAUUAUUUUAUGAUAUAAAAAAUAUAAAAAUAAGACAGGUAAAAAGCAAGAAAGGAUGA